AUGUCCAUUCAAGGACAAUCUCUGAUUUUUCCUCUGUUGUUUAUCUGCUUCUUCAGAGGGAGCUUCUGCAUUUGUGAUGGAACUAUCUGGACAAAGGUUGGAUGGGAGAUUUUUCCCGAAGAAGUACACUAUCUGAAAGUUAAGCCUUCUUCAUCUCACUGCCUACCCUACCCUCUGAACAAAUUAUGCUGCAGUUUUGCUAACACAGAUAUAUUUCAGAGUUGUCUGCAUCUGUUUUACAUUUUAGUUCAAGCUAUCUUUUUAAUCCUGUCUGUUUUAUCUGUGCAUUACCUGUGGAUGAAAUGGAAGAAACACCAAAAAAAGCUGAAAAAACAAGCCUCCUUAGAUACAUCUGGUAAUGAUGUAGAAAGCCAGUCCGUCUCUGACAUUAACCAAAUACUCUGUAGACUGGUGGCCACAGCAUCAAUGAUGACGAAGUACCUGAAGCAGGUGUCCAACCAUCCUCCCUCUAAGAAAGUUAAGCACCGCAAAUUAAAGAAGAAGAAUGGCGGGAAAGGAGUCAAAAGAUACUAA